AUGGGCAACAUCUUCUCCGAUCUCCAAGAACCCACGACGAGGACCAAGAAGAAGCGCUCAGCCAUGUCGCGCUCAUACCUCGAACCAACCAACAUCUUCGCGGAAAAAGGACUCGAUGCUGUCCGCAUCUGGCUCGACGGUUUCAACUACAAGCAAGACUUCUUCUCCAAUCCACCACCAAAGCUUACAGACCUGCACUCCGGUCUCAUGUGCGCCGUCAUGGAGAUCAAAAUCCAACUCGAUCCGCAACUCGAAUGUGUCGUCAACAGCGCCACAGAAGAGCAAUACGGAAUGGAAUUCGAUCCAGACGCUUUCCUGUCAGAUCGAACCUUCAGCAUCGAACUCUUCGAAGAAAUCCGCGAACACGGAAUCCGAGCCCUCGACCGCGCCACCACAAUGCGCUACCUCGGAGAGGCCCGCGAGGAAAUUGCCUGGGUCAAAAACGAAACUCGCCGUCUCGAACUCCAUCUCGACAACGCGCAGAAACUCAUCCAACAAAAACUUCGAAGACGUUUCUAUUACCGACCGACACCUCGUAAACAGAACAUCAGCCAUGCGUUGGUUCCAUAUGUGGAGGACGAUGUGGUGAAAGUGAGGGAAGAUGACGACGAGGACGAAAUGUUGGACGAUACGGAUGACGCGGAGUCAGCGGAGAGGAGAGCGAGGAGUCGGACGCCGGAGCCGGGAGAGAUGGGGCGGUAUGAUGCCUACGAUGAGGAUUAUGAUUUUAGUGAAGACGGCGAGAUCAAGGAGGAGGAAGGAGAAGAGAAAGCUGAGAGUAGUAGGGUGAUGGAUGACGAGGAUGGGAAGGAGAAUAUCAAGGUAGAAGAAGAUGUCGAGAUGGUGGAUAGUGGGAGAGAGGAUAGCGUCGUUGCUGGAUCAUGGGGGAAUUUGAGGCUUUGA